GACACUGCAUCACAGUUAAGCAGAAGCUCUGCAUGGUUCCAUGUGCACAGUUUAAACAAAAGUAUGCAUUUCAGUAUUCAGCCGCAUUUCGUUAUACACUAUGGUCUUUUAUUUUAGCCGUUUGGAUUAAACAGACAAGACAUUGCAGUGGUUGUAUGAUGUGUUAUUCUGUGUGACGGGGAGUAACACUUCGUUAACUCGUACAACCAAACCGUGGAUAUGGAAACUUUGGAUUGGUGUUUUCCGAACGUGUGUAGACAUUCCUCACAAUAAAUAGCCGGAUAACCACUCAUCGCACCUAACUCUUGCAUCGUCGUUGGAAACUGGCUUAGUGCCGCGGAAAGAUAGUGGAUCUGACGAUUUAGGAUCUUGACUUGGGAGUGAUUGUGGUGAGGUUUACUUCAGCGGAGAAAGAAGCAAGAUGAAUGUGUCUUUGGGACGAGCAUGGUGGUGGAUAUUAACGACUUGUCUCACGCUGCUAUCCACAGGUCGGCAGCUACUCGCCACGGAGGAGCACACGAGGUUGUUUCAGACCCUAUUUAAUUCCAACUACAGUAAUCUCAUUCGGCCCGUCAGGAGCCAGAGCACAGUGACCGUAGUGGAAAUGUUACUUUUCCUGGCGCAGGUGAUACAGCUGGAUGAGAGAAAACAGACACUCAAGAUAAAUGCCUGGGUUACAUUGUUGUGGGAAGACGAAUACCUACGGUGGGACCCAGAGGAUUACAAUCAUGUCAAGAACAUCAAAGUCCCGUCUGAAAAUAUCUGGAUGCCCGACGUCACGCUAUACAACAAUGCCGACAAGUACACCAACUUCUUAAAGGGUCAGAUUGCAGUGAUCGACAACAAUGGUUCCAUCAUGUGGGGAUGCCCACAGAUCUUCACCACUUACUGCAAGAUCGACAUCACCACAUUCCCCUUCGACGAACAAAUCUGCAAACUCAAGUUUGGUCUCUGGCAACACGACGCCACGGAAGUCAAGGUGGUCGGGGCGGAUACAGAAGUCAACACGUCUGCUUCUGAUGGCGGGGGUGACGAGACCAUUUUCAACAGCGACGGGCAGUGGGACAUGAUCAGCAUGGAAGUGCACAGUCAUUCGGUCGAGUACCCCGACGACCCCGGUAAAAUAUACACAGAUGUAGAAUACGAGGUUUUAUUUCGGAGAAGGCCUCUGUACUACCUGUUUAACCUGCUCUUCCCCUGCAUGUUCCUGUCGCUGGUGUCGCUGUUGACUUUCUUCUUACCCCCUGAGUCUGGUGAGAAGGUUAGCCUUGGUGUGACGGUGCUACUGUCGCUCACGGUCUUCCUGCUGCUGGUAGCGGAGACUAUGCCGCCCACAAGCACGGUGCCAAUUAUCGGUCAAUAUUUCGCCUGCACGAUGGUUCUGAUCUCCAUUUCCAUCGGUAUGUCCGUGACAGUACUCAACAUGCACCACCGCGGGCCCGAUUGCAAACCCGUCCCGCCUUGGAUCAAGCGCUACAUCCUGAAUGGCAUCGGUCGGGUCCUGUUACCGUCUGAGAGCAGCCGGUCUAAGCGCCGACCCACCAUCGGCGACAAGCUAGCUAACGAGCUGCGCUCCUGGGAGACCAAGAGUCUGAUAGCCGAGGUCACGGCCAACUCAACUUCCUCCCGUUCACGAAUCGUCUCCAAUGGCUGCGGGGGUCCUAACAGCAACACGCCCGAUGAAGCUGACCAGGGUAAGCCCGCUGGGGGUGGCGGGGGAGGAGGAGGCGAUGGCGGGGUGGGAUCCGUACGGGACUCGCUCCAUCGGAAUCGCUCGCUCUAUCUAGCCCUCCUGCGAGAAAUGCAGAAGAUUACCUUCAGUAUCGAGGUGGAGAUGAAUUCCCGGCGUGUGCAGACGGAGUGGAAACGCGUUGCCAUUGUGCUAGACAGGCUGUUCUUUGUGGUAUGUCUCAUAGGGUCUGCUGGUACCUUUGUCGUGUUUUUCAUCCAAAUCUGACAUUCAGAUUCCGGGGAACGAACUUUUUGUAAAAACAUCUACCAAAAUAUUUUUCAAACCCUCAGAACAAACAGGCAACCCCUAGAUAUUAAACUGAUUACCAAUGACACAUCGCCUCCUCCAUCGCGUUCUGGUCCCCUUAAAGCUCAUUGCUUCCUGGUGAAACUUGACAUUUGGUGUAGAAAGUUUCUCCCUUUGUUUGUUUGGAUUCGCUUAUAAAAGCCGUCGUGCGGGUGUAUCUUACUGAAUCCCAAGUUUACGCCCAGACGUUUGAUAUAACUUGUAACGGGGAGUUCUACUCAUGGUCUCGACGAACACUUAAGGGCGUAGGUAAGGCCAACCAAGUGGACACUUGAGGGCGCACUUUUGUUUUGUUGGGUGGCGAAUGGAAAUUGGACAAGAUCGCGUGCAGAACCAUCUGGCUGGUGAGAUAGGCACAUAGUACGCAUGCGUAAUUUCAAGGCGAUGCCAAUAAUGGAGUCACGCCAAUUUGGAGUCGAACGAUAAGCUCACUAUAAACACUAACUGGACCUUGUGGUGGCCAGACUAUCCCAGUGAGCUUAUCAUGCACGUAGAGAGUCUGUGACAAGAUACUGUUAUCCAUCGAUUCAAUACGUCCAAAAUAUGCCUAGUUCAACCAAUAGUUUACUGAUGGAAUAUUCAACGCGUUGAUAAUUCAUCAAUUGAUCUCGCGAUCAUGGUAAAAGAGAAGUACCAACUCUCUAUCGGGGAAUUCAAACUUGUAUAUACAAAAUAAAUUAUUAUUAUUAUACAAUAUGAACAUCUUUUAUGUUGGUAAAUUAUAAUUCAACGUCGGAUCGAAAACGGUUAACUCUGGUUGCGAUUCAUGAUCCGUACGUACGUGAACGACGACUUGUCGUCAGGUCAAUUUUAUGUUGAUUCUGCAUUAUGGAAAUGAACGAUUAAAGCUAGUGGUUUUCAAUGUUAAUUGCAAUUUUGAGAUCAGCAAAAUGCACAUAGACAGCGCCGCUGCAGCAGCGCACACCGCCUGUUACGAAUUACAGAGAGUUCUUAAAAGAAAUAAUUUUCAUUUAAACGAUACAAAUGAUUUGCAGUUCUCUUGUGCAAAAUGGAUUACGUUUUCCGCCUUUUUGCUACGGAUCUCGAUUAGUAUAGAGUGAGGGCGCUCUUUACGAAUUUAUGUAAGAAUUAGGGCAGGCCCUAAAGAAUCAGGAAGUGGGGAAAAACCAAAAUACGUUUGAAAUGUGAUGCCUUCUUUAAGCAAUACGCUUAAGCACUUAUACUGUAUAUUUUCUAACAAUAAUUUUGUCAAUCGUUUUCUGCUUGUGAGUGCGCCCUCUGCUGUUGUAGGACCAAUUGGACGAGGUGUGGUGCAUUGUAACGGCUUGUGUCAGUGCGACUCUUCCUUCUAAUAUUUGUAAAAACAAAAACAAAAACAAAUAACGAUGAUCUUAUGCUGUGUUUUGAAUACUUCUGACUAUCUGUAGUUUUGUGUCCUUGGAGUGUUAUCGGUCGACAGGUCAUUGUAAUUGGUCUUUCAGUGAAAGGGACAGAUUUUAACCAAAGACAAUGAAUAAUAUAUAUUAUUUUACCAAAGCUCUUUAUCUUAUUCGUGAAACUUUAGAGUAGAAGUGCGAAACUUUGAGUUGCACCCUCAGUUCCGAAACAAACAUUAACGAUUGUCUUUUAAUUAGGGUCAAUUUAUAAUUUAUGUAAUAGUUGCGGUAUUUAUGUGUUCUUAAAAGUAUAUCAUAUACAUAAAUAAUAUAAUCCUUGAUAAAUAUAAUUAACAGAUUGCAGUAAGAUUUGUUCUAACCUUUUAGAUUUCCAUAAUGCCAUUAUGCAGCUUUGUUUAUCGUGUGAGUAAUUUUCAAAAACGCUUACAGUUCGAUUGUGAGGUAUUUAAAGGGGAUUUUACUUGGUAAAUAUUAGUUGAAUAAAACUCUUCCCGCCCUCUCAAUCAUCCGUCGAAGAUAAAGCACGCCCCCUAUGGAAUGAUUCUGAAGCCAUGUCGCUAUAGAGGGCGCAAAUUCUUUACUUUGUGAAACAGAUCUCUGAUAUAAUAUCAAAAGACGGUAUUUAUUUAGUAAUUUCAUUUUUUUUGCAAUAGAUCUAAGAAUGGAUAAUUUUGACAAAAAGUAAUCUGCGCUUAUUAUGGUGUUAAGUAUUAGGCCCUAUGUUACUUACGUUUCGGGGCAAACUAGGUGAAACGUUUGGAAUGUGUAAAAUUGUACUUUCCAGUGGAAUUCUGGCGAUAUUGCCAUGUUUUGAACUAAACAAUGGUGAUAGUUAUAAUAAUACAUCAUAACGAAAUGUUGCGUGCCAUGGAUUAGUAAUUAGCAUAAUCAUCUUUCCUCGUUACUGUGCCAACAUUACCAAUUUUGCAACGAAGCAUGCACAGUUCGGAUUGUUAAUGUGAGACGUUUGUGCGUACUUAGGUAAGUUUGGCACAGAAACAAACUCUUGUGACUCUUUCGAGAAAUUGGGGGAAAAAGGUAAGAAGUAUAAUUUACCUUCAGUGGGCCAAGGUUUGCAGGGCAAUCUGGAGGUUGCAGGUUCGAUCCCACUCCAGGCAGUGUUUGAUUAAUCUUGUCACUUUCCCUGUGCGUUGAUGCGAUGAAUUGUUGGUAGGAAUAUUAAUGAGAUGACACGGGGUGAGAUGGCGGCACAUUGUUACCACGCGUACAGUGAUACAGUACCCGAGAUGGGGGUGACUUUGGAGUGAAUGUUGGUGAAAGCUUUUUGUGUUAAUGAUGUUCAUGGUGGUGAAAGGUUGUGGUGAGACUUGACAUGAUGAGGGUGCUGAGGGUGAGAAUGUGAUGGUGAUGCUUCGGGUGAUGGUGGUGAGAAUGGAGAUUUUACUGAUGAUGUAAGUGUGAUGUCAGUGAUGAUGUGGGAAAUAUGUUUUCAAAUCGAAAUGUUGUGAUUAUGAAAUGGAUGGAAAACAGUUUUAAGUUUUGGAAUCUGUCAAAAUAACGUGACUAUGGUGUUUUGUGGUGAGAGAAUUCGAUUUCGACAGGAUAAGUGAUAUGAGGUCUAUGGGUGUGGUGGUUCGAAUUGUGUUGAGAAUUUACGAUGAUUUAACUGGUAAUAUCGCCACUCGUGGUGACUGUAAACAGAUACAGAAAUGUCCAAUGUUCAAUUACUACAAAUAAAACUAUGGGAUUAUACAAUUGCAGUGGGGAAACAAUAGGUGGUUCAAGGUUUUGAAAAUUUGCGGUAAAAUACUAAUUAUUAUUAUAAACACAAUUUUCAAAAGAAGAAAACAACUGCUAUUUAAAAAAAACAAGUUUUAAGAUGUUAUUUUUUUCAGUACAUAGUCUUGCCCUUCACUGACAAAUAUUUUUUCAAAGCAUUCAUGAGUCGUUGAUUGCAGAGAACCUGCUGAUGCUAAAAACCAAAAUUGCUUCGGUAAGGGGAAGAAUUCAGUAUUAGAAAAUUAUAUAUGAAUUUAUUCUUUGUAUAAGCCCUCAUUCAAGUGUAAUCGUUGAACAACCUUGUGUAGUGCUUCGUGUGCACGAAAAUCACGAAGACUACAUGCAAAAUUAUGUUUCAUAAUUAGAAGUUUUCAAUAUAUUAUAUUUUGCAGUAUAUGAUAUGUAUGUACGUACAUUAUUAUAAUUAUUCGAGUAAAAUGUGUUCAAGUGAAUUCUUAUCUUUGUUGGAAUCUGCGGGGAGAAACACUCUUACCAGAAUACCCCCAAAAGUUACCCGUAACUAAUUUUUAACAGUAUUUCUAUGUUGCAGCUUUCUUUUUUAAAAUGCGACACACCUAUAAUGUUAGCACUUUUACACAUGUUUAACUUAAAUAAUAAUAAUUAUAAUACAAUGUGUGUAUUACACAUUGCAAUUCAAUAUAUGCAUCUUAUUAAUUUAUUAUAAUUCUGUUACAAGAUUGUUUCAGCCACGGGAAUACAUUGAAUGUUUAAGAUUGCAUCGUUGAAUGCAAAAUUCACUCCGAAAAUCGCAUUACAGGAAAAAAGUAAUACUUAAUUGAAUCAAAUGCAGCUAACCACGUAAAUACUACAACAUGGUAAUUUAUAAACAGUAAUACUAAUAGCGCCCUCUGUGUGUAAGACCAUAACAACCACUAGAAUGUAUUUUAAUUAAUUUGUAGUUAAUAAUUUCCUUUGAAUCUCAAAAAAACUUGAAAACAAAAACGAGCUUACUGUAACUUUUUGUUUUCUUUCCUGUAAUGGCUAAUUGAUAUACGUGCGCCCUCGUUUACAGAAAAUGCUAACUUCGGCCAUGACCUUUGUGUAAAAAGUACAAAUUUCGGUCAUCAUAAUUAUUAACACUUGGUACGUUUUUGACAAUUAAUUUUGAUCAAUUUGUUUAAAUAAAGCGAUGAUUUUAAAAAUGA